AUGCCGUCAAGGACACCAAAAGCGCCCAUCGUCGCCUUCCCCCGCAUCCACGUCCCCCACGCGAUCCGCCACCGCCAGGGCCUCAUCCUCACGACCGUGGCCGUCACGGCCGUCGCCGCCAGCUUCCGCUACACCGCCAUCUCGAGGAGGACGAACGAGCAGAACCAGUGUUCCAGCAACCCAUACUAUGUGAGCGUCGACCGGAGCGGGGGCGGCAUCUAA